CUCAGCCCCGCGCGCCGCUUCCGCCCGGCGCCGCGUGCGCCUCCCGGGAACGAUCCUCAUCCCGGGAACCAUCCCAAUCCCGACCCCGCGCUUCCCCCUGGCAGCGGCCCCCGGGCAGAGCAGUGCAAUCAUGGCAUCCAUGGAAGAAAACUUUCCUCGAGGAGGCGUCCAGAAGAAACCUGCAGAGGGAAAAACACCCAAGCCAAAGUCAGAGCGAGACAAUUUGUUUGAUGUUCAACAUGAAGAAAAAUCCCUGAAACGAAAAAGGAGCCAAAAUGAUCAAGAAAAGCAGAAAAGGUUCAAGGCAGACAAAACUGUUAAAGCUGCUGUUAAAGACAAUGUUAUGAAUAUUGGACCACUCACAAUUGAGGCGCUCAGUGAGGGGAUGCUGCUCCUUGGCUGUAUAAAAGAGGUCAGUGACUACGAGCUCACCGUCAGUUUGCCCAACGGCCUCUCCGGGUUUGUGCCGGUCACGCAGAUCAGCGAUGCCUACAGCAAACUGCUGACCAAGCAGGUGGCCCAAGGAGAAGUCCUGGAGGAGCUGAAUUCGCUCCCAGACAUGUUUUCUCCAGGGACACUGGUCAGGUGCAUCGUGACCAGCAUUGAGAAAAGUGACGAUGGACGUCGCAGUGUCAAGUUAUCGAUUGACCCCAAGAAGGUCAACAAGGGCCUGAACUCUACAGCACUAGCAGCAGGCAUGCUGCUCUCUGGCUCUGUGUCGAGUGUGGAAGACCAUGGCUACCUCAUAGAUAUUGGUGUCAUUGGAACUCAUGCUUUCCUGCCUCAUCAGAAAGCCAAAAAUUACAUCAAAGCAGUCAAGAAAGGGCCCGCCUUGAAAAUAGGCCAGAGCCUGAACUGCCUCAUUGUGGAGGUGAAGAAUGAGGGCAGGGUGGUCUGUUUGUCCAUUGAUCGAUCGGAGGUGGCUGCAUCCAUUGCCACAGAGCGACAGAACUGGGCACUCUCCAAUCUAUUGCCAGGCCUGGUGGUGAAAGCUCGAGUGCAGAAGGUGGCCCCACUUGGGAUGAAACUGACAUUUCUGUCUUACUUCACUGGCAUUGUGGAUUUCAUGCACAUUGACCCAGAGAAAUCCAUGAACUAUUCUCCAGAUCAAGUGGUGAAGGCCUGCGUGCUGUCCGUGCACCCCACGUCGCGGGCGGUGCGGCUCACGCUGCGCGCGCCCUUCCUGCACGCCGGGGGAGCCCCGCGCCAGCUGCCCGGCCCGCGCAUGGGGGCAGUGCUGGAGGAGGCCACCGUCAGAGCCUUCUACAAGCAGUUCGGGGCCAUCUUUGAGCUUGAUGAUGGCACUCUUGCAUUUGCACGGUUGAAACAUCUUUCAAAAACCAGAAAAUCCUUUAAACCUGGGGCAUUUAAGGAAGGUUCCAAACAUAAAUGUCGGAUCAUUGACUACAGCCUGAUGGAUGAGAUGUGUAUUGUAUCUCUGAAGAACCAGGUUAUUGAAGCACGGUUUCUGCAGUACCAGGAUAUCCACACGGGUGAUGUGGUGCAGGGCAAAGUGCUCUCUCUAAAACCCAUUGGGAUGCAGGUGAAGGUGGCUGAUGGGAUUAGAGGACUUGUGCCAUCCCUCCAUCUCUCUGAUGUGAUCCUGAAGCAGCCUGAGAAGAAGUACAACAUAGGAGAUGAAGUCAAGUGUCGGGUGCUGGAGUGCAAUCCUGGAGGAAAGAAGCUGAUCCUUACUCUAAAGAAAAGUCUCGUUCAGUCAAAGCUUCCAGUCCUCUCAAAUUAUGAAGAUGCAAAACCAGGCCUGAUCACACAUGGCUUUGUAGUGUGUGCAAGGGAGUUUGGCUGCAUUGUGAAGUUCUACAAUGAUGUCAAAGGUCUGGUACCCAAGAAUGAGCUGGGCUCAGAACCCAUAUCUUGUCCAGAAAAAGUCUUCUAUGAAGGCCAGGUUCUUAAAGUAGUGGUCUUAAAAUGUGAGCGUCAGCAGGAAAGACUCUUAUUGUCCUUCAGAUUAUCAAGCAAACCUGGCCCUGAGGACAAAUGGAAAUGUACUCCAAAGGAGAAACAGGAAAUGAAGUACCAGAUAGGAGAGAUUGUUGAUGUGAAAAUCUUGAAGAAGAAAGAUAAUGGGUUAGAAGUUUCCAUCUUAGAAGAUGAAGACAAUGUGGUAGCCUGGAUCCCCAUGCUGCACCUCUCUGACUUUGUUGGUACCUCCAAGCUCCUGUGGCACUGUCUUCAAGAGGGAGAUGUCCUGCCCAGAGUUAUGUAUCUGAGUGACAAGGGAGAGCACAUUAUCUUGAGUAGAAAGUCUGCAGUGAUUUCUGCUGUACAGGAGCAGCAAGUUGUAAGAAGCUUCUCAGAAAUCCAGCCUGGGAUGCUGUUGACUGGUUAUGUGAGGAAUGUGAUGCCCUUUGGAGUGUUUGUGGAGUUCCCUUUUGGUGUGACAGGACUGGCACCUAAAGUGAGCAUGAGUGACAAGUUUGUGACAGACACCAAGGACCACUUUGUGGUGGGACAGACUGUGAUUGCAAAGCUGAUGAGCAUUGAUGAGGAGAAGCAGCGUGUGCUCGUCAAUCUGAAGGUGUCCGAGUGCAGCUCAGGAGAUUCUGCUGCAGAGAGCUUUGGCCUCCUGAAUCAAUAUUUCAAGGAGCUGAAAGAAAUCAGGGACUUGUUGAAAAGAGGAGAGCCCAGCAUUUGUGAGUUGGUGCCUGGGAAGAGGGUGCAUCUGGUCGUGCAGGAUGUGAGGGAGGAUGGCUCAGCACUGUUCAGUGGCAGCUCUGUCACAGGCUUGACUGUAACUGCCACCCGUUACCAUUUGGGAGCCAAAAAUAUUGCUCCUGGUGAGAAAAGGAAGGCACUGGUUCUUCACGUGGAUGCCCUCACAUCUGAGGUGUAUGUUUCUCUUCGGGAAGAACUGUUAAAGCAAAGACCCAAGCGACGGCUCCGAGAGAACUCGCAGCACUCUGCAGUGGUGCAGCACAUCACAGAGCACUUUGCCAUCGUGUCUCUGCUGGAGACAGGCCAGCUGGCAGCUGUCCCCAUCGCCUGCCACUUCAACGACACCUUCCGCUUCGACUCGGAAAAACUGAGGGUGGGACAGACAAUCUCUGCCACCUUAAAAGCCGUGAAGGAGAACAGCCACGGAGUCUUGUUAGCAGUACAGGGCCCAGCCAAGAAGAAUGUUUUUGUAAGGGCACGGAACGAGUCCGAGACAGCACUGGAGGAGAUGCUUCCUGCUGUGAAACACUCCCUGUCCCCAGGGGAUGUUGUUACUGGUACCGUCAAAUCCGUCAAACCCACCCACGUCACCGUUGCUAUUGAUGACAAGCUGACAGGUUCAAUCCAUGCAUCCCGGAUUCUGGAUGAGGUGCCCAUAGGCUCUUUUCCAACUUCUACUCUGAAAGCCGGACAGAAAGUGACUGCUCGAGUCAUUGGAGGCAGAGAUGUGAAUACUCACAGGUGCCUGCCAAUCACCCAUCCACACUUCACACAAUCCAUUCCAGAGCUCAGCAUUCGACCAAGUGAAAAAGAAGGGGAAUUCACACCAAUGCUGAACCUUAAAGAAGAAAAAUCCCUCAAAAAACUUGGACUCUAUGAAGUUGGACAGACAGUCACUUGUUUUGUAAAGAAGUAUAAUGUGUUCAAAAACUGGCUGGAGGUAGAAGUUGCCCCCGACAUUCGAGGAAGAGUUCCUCACCUGCUGCUGUCUCUGAACACCAAGGUCUUAAAACAUCCAGAAAAGAGCUUUAAAAGUGGCCAGGCAAUAUCAGCUACAGUGACUGGAACAGAUGCCACUGAAACAAACCUCUGCUUGUCACUCACAGGAAUUCAGUCACUGGAGCAGGACACCAUCUCUGUAGGCAUGGUAACAAAGGUGACUCCACACGUUGGCUUGACCAUUGCGCUGCCAGGUGGGAAGACUGGCAAAGUCAGCAUCUUUCACCUGAAUGAUACUUACACAGAAGAUCCUCUGGGGAGCUUCAGAGUUGGCAAAAUUGUCAGGUGUUACGUCCUCUCCAAUGAGAAGGGUAAAAUCCAGUUAUCUCUCCGGCAAUCCCGGCUAAAUCCAAAGCUAAACAGCAAAGUGGAGGAUAUUGAAAUAACAAGUAUUAAGGAUGUUAAAAAAGACCAGCUAGUGAGAGGCUAUGUCAAAUCAAUCACUCCAUCAGGUGUAUUCUUUGGAUUGUCCACUUCUCUCCUGGGCCGAAUCCUGUUCCAGAAUGUUUCCCCAUACUUUGUACAGAAACAUUCCUUGUAUGAAAAGUACCUGCCUGAAGGAAAGCUGCUCACUGCCAAAGUACUUGGGGUAAAUAGAAAAAAAAAGCAAAUUGAGCUCUCUCUCCUGCCUGAGGACACUGGGAUGCCAAGUGUGUUGCCUGAAUCCCUAGGCCUACCACAAUAUGGAGCAGAGGAAGAGAAAAGAGAGGCAGAAAAUGAGGAAAAAAGAGAAGAGCCUAAGCCAAAGACAAAAAAGAGAAGAGGAAAUGAUGAAAGUGGUCAGGAGGCAAAGCCAAAGAAGAGGAAGAUCUGCCCAGCAGAUGAAAAUGACAGUGGAAUUGAGGUAUAUUACCGUGAGGAGGAAGAGGAUGACCAGGAAGAAGAGGCAGCUAAAAAGAAAUCUACGGUAAGGAAGCCUGGUGAAGCUCCCAGGCUGCAAGUUUCCAUGGGCUUCACCUGGGAUGAAGACAAUGCAAUGGAUGUACCUGUGCUGGAUCAGAAGGAAGAGAGCUCAGAGAGUGAGGAGGAAGAGGAUAUGCAGUCCAAGCUGAAGAAACGAACAAAGAAGGAGAAGGAGCUGGAGAAGCAGAAGAAGGAGAAGGAGCUUUGCAAAGUGGAGGCGGCUCUAAUGGACCCGAGCCGGCAGCCCCAGUCAGCAGAUGACUUUGACCGCCUGGUGCUGGGCAGUCCCAACAGCUCCAUCCUCUGGCUGCAGUACAUGGCUUUCCACCUCCAGGCCACAGAGAUUGAGAAGGCCAGAGCUGUGGCAGAGAGAGCACUUAAAACAAUCAGUUUCAGGGAAGAACAGGAAAAGCUGAACGUCUGGGUAGCUCUGCUGAACUUGGAGAACAUGUAUGGUACUGAGGAGACACUGAUGAAGGUUUUUGAGAGAGCAGUUCAAUACAAUGAGCCUCUGAAAGUCUUCCAGCAUCUGUGUGACAUCUAUGCCAGUUCUGAGAAGUACAAGCAAGCAGAAGAAUUGUACCACACAAUGCUGAAGCGUUUCCGUCAGGAGAAAUCUGUGUGGCUGAAAUACGCCUCCUUCCUCCUGAAGCAAGGCCAGGCUGAGGCUACACACAGGCUUCUGGAGCGUGCUCUCAAGGCUCUGCCCACCAAAGAACAUGUGGAUGUCAUUUCAAGGUUUGCACAGCUGGAGUUCCAUUCUGGGGACACAGAACAUGCCAAGGCCCUCUUUGAGAGCACCCUCAGCAGCUAUCCCAAGCGGACAGACGUUUGGUCCAUCUACAUGGACAUCAUGAUCAAGCAUGGCAGCCAGAAGGAAAUCCGAGACAUCUUUGAGAGGGUCAUACACCUGAGCUUGGCACCAAAGAAGAUGAAAUUCUUCUUCAAACGCUACCUGGAUUAUGAGAAGAAAUUUGGUACAGAAGAAAGUGUCCUGGCUGUUAAAAGAGCAGCACUUGAGUAUGUGGAGACCAAGAGUUCCCUUGCUGACACCUAAAUGUGGUGCAAGUGAAAGCAGAGAGACUUGGCUUUCCAUGCAGUGUGGGAACUGAGAAGUGUGGAGUUCUGCUGUGACUGUCCAUGGACAGUGAGCUUCUGGAGAGUAUUGGUCUGUGACCAAACCACCUUGGAAAGAACAAUCAAAUGAAAAGAUUUGAUAAAUGUUUGCAGCUUUGUCCAGAAGUUACAAAUAAUCCUGGUCUGUUGAUGACAUGUUUUUAAAUACAGACUGUUUUAUAAUCAAAAGAAA